AUGGCUAAAGAUAGCAGUGUAGACAGGAGAGAAAAACUUCACUGGCCUGAGCAAGAGCUCUCUAAAAAGUCAGUCUUAAAUCCAGAAGAACAUAAGCUGACCAUUCAGAAUGAAAGCAGUCUUCAGCACCUGUCCUCUGGAAUCCUUAAGGAUAUUUUCACAACAGGAACCAGUAGCUACAAUGUCCUUCUGCAAAGCAAAGAGGAGAAAAAACACCACUCUCAAAAGCUGUCAUCUGCCUACCACAAGAGGCACAGAAAGUCCACCAAGUCUUCUACUACCUCGCGAAGCAACGAGCACCGCAAGAUCAAAGUCCCACUGCCUUUGCUCAGCAGUGGCUGGUAUUGCAUGAACAGGCAGCCAUCCAUCUUUAUCGCUAGCCCAGUGUCUAGCAGUGCAAAGUUUACACACAGUAUUUCUGUUGCCGGGAACAGCAUAGGACUGCCACCUCGACCCAAAAGCAAGGCUAAGAGACAUUAUUUUUCUAGUCUAACAAAGCCAAAGCAGCCUCAAUUGUCAAAAAGCCAUGGUAAAGAGGUAGAUGUCUCUGGCCGAAAACUCUGUAUACUAACUGCCAUCAAGCCUUCCAAUGUGGAAAAAGAGAAGAUUAAAUUCUUCAAGUCCGAUUUUAUCUAUAAUCCUCAAUUUGAAUAUGCAAAUCCUGCAUUGCCAAAUGUGUUAGCUAAGCACAGCCAAGCAUCCAACAAGUUUCUUAAACAGUCUGUCAAUAUUAUGGAACGGACAUUGCAGAAAUAUGGAAGCUAUGAAAAGUUUGAGCAGGCUACUGGAGGCAGCCUGCUACCAAAAAGUCGCAUUUGGAAUCAUGUCAGGAAAUACAUGGUGAAAGAAGGCUGCCUUGGUGAGAUUGUAGUUCAUCUCACUGAGGACCUGCUUUCUCGUGCCUCAAUGACAGUGUUGAAUGGCCGCCCAACUCUGACUAUCAAUGUUUCCACUGCACGUGAGCACUGGCUAGAAGGGAUGCUGAGGCACGAAAUAGGAACUCAUUAUUUUCGAGGUAUUAACAACAACAGCCAGCCUUGGUGCAAUUGGAAUGGACGUAAAAAGCUCGGGUUAAAGCCAAUCAACCCUACCGAGGAAGGCCUGGCGAGUAUUCACAGUGUCCUGUUCCGAAAAGACCCCUUUCUAUGGAGGGCUGCCCUUCUCUACUACACUGUCUAUCAAGCUAGCCAAAUGUCCUUCAGUCAACUCUUCCAGGAUGUGGGGAGAUUUGUCAAGGACCCCAACACUAGGUGGGAUUACUGUGUACGAGCCAAGAGGGGGUGGACUGAUACUUCCCAGCCAGGCUGCUUCAGUAAGGAUCAGGUAUACUUGGAUGGCAUCCUCCAAAUCCUAAGAUACAGGGAGUCUAUCGAUUUCCACUUGCUGAUGGCUCUUGGAAAGGUCUCUUACGAGGAUGUGGAUCGCUUGAAGGAAUUUGCGGUGAUCGAGAACAUGAGAGUACCACACUUCUUGCAGGACCAUGUCAGAUACAUGGAACACUUGGAAAAGAUCAUGGAGGUGAAUGAGCUGACUGACCAAGAGCUCCAGGAUCUCAUAGUGUAA